AUGAUGGCGCAGCAGGGUGCCAAGGUGGUCCUAGUCGGUAGGACAGCAGCAAAGGUCGAGGUGGUCAGAGAUGAGAUUAUUGCCGACGGCGGCACAGCCGUAGCCAUCUCACUGGAUGUCGCUGACCAUGACGCCGUCCAUCAGAUGGCAAAGGAUGUCCUCGACACCUUUGGUCGGAUUGACGUGUUGGUGAACAACGCCGGUCAUAGCUCUAAAAAUCGGCGGCUGCUUACCAUCACGCCGGAGGAGAUUCGCAGCGUCUUCGAUUCCAACCUGAUUGGCACGAUUUAUUGCACACAAGCGGUGGUCCCCGCCAUGCUGAAGGCGAAGCAGGGCACUAUUAUUAACGUCUCGUCUCUAGCUGGUGUAACUCCUGGACCUUUUAGCGGAUUAGCUUACGGUCCUGCGAAGGCGGCGGUCAUCAAUUUCACCGAAUUUCUCAAUGUCGAUCUUCGGAACACCGGCAUUCGAGCAAGCGUCAUUAUUCCCGGUGAGGUUGACACACCUAUCCUUGAUAAGCGUCCCGUUCCGCCUCCCGACGACACUCGCCUCGAAAUGGUGGAUGUCGAUGAAACUUCAGCGACAAUUUGUCUCAUGGCUAGUCUCCCACAACGGACUAACCUCCCAUCAGUGGUUAUCAGACCGACAAUGCAGCGGGAUAUGUCCGGAGAGGUAGAAGCAAUGCCAGAUGUGAACUGA